AUGACUACGAAAUCGACUGUUGUAAAUCUAACCAAUCAUUCCUACUUUUAUUUAGCAGGUAAUGAUGCUGGAGCUAAGGAGCUGUACGAUCAUGUCGUUAGAAUUAAUGCUGACCAUAUUACGCCCGUUGAUGAUUCUCUUAUACCUACAGGUCAGUUUGAGAAAGUCGAGGGUACGACCAUAGAUUUUAGACAUCCCUUUCAUCUGAGUGACGUAAUUAACCAGGUUUCCAACUCACCUAGCUUCGAUCACAAUUUCUAUGUCAAUCACGACAAUGCUCGGAAAAAUAAUUUUGUCGCAAGCGUCGUUCAUCCAGCUACUGGUAGACCGAUAUAUAUGUAUAGUGAUCAGUCUGGAGUGCAGUUUUAUACCGGAAACUUUUUGCCCGAAAAUAACAGCCUUUUUGGGAAGUUUGGUGGAUUUAUCAAAAACACGAAGAGUUUUAUUUAG